AUGACGUCCGACUACUAUGAUCCGGACGAGCCCAUGAACAGGACUCCGCCGCUGGUGGCCGCCGUCCCGAAAUAUGCCGUGGAUGAGGAUCCUCCGCCAUUUGUUCGCAAUGGCGAAUUCCCCGAGUGCGACAAGGGAACGCGCGAUCGUUCCCCCCGUAAGCCGCACUACCCCGAGUCUUCUUGCCAAACGCGCCACGGGGAUGGCCUGCUGAUAGGCUAUUUGGGACCAGAUUAUCCGGAUGUGGCCAGAAUCGCACGCGACGAUCCGUUGGAGGUUUCUCCCAAGCGAGGUCGACCGAGGGACUUGGAUCAUUACCGACGGAACGGUCCUGCAGCGCCCCCAAUCCCGCCUGUUCAGGAGGCAAAGGAGGAGCAAAAGGACUCUACCACAGCUGCUACACCGUCAACAUCCGCGGACAAGGAACCGAACCCUCGGUCACCCGGACACAAGACGACCCUUCCUCCCAUCCUCCCUUCCAAUCCCAGUCUGGAAUCUCCGCCGCAACGCCGUCGUUUCCCCUCCAUUCACGCACCCCCUUUACCGAAUCUCCUCCCUCCGCACGAGCGCAGAGCCUCUCUCGACCGACCCGUCCUGAACCCGCCUACGGAGGUGAAAUCGCGCUUCUCUGUGCCCUCCCUCCAGCCGUUACCGUCCAUUCAUUCUCCUCCCUCCUCCAGUGCGGCAACCUCUCCAGAGACGGUAAACAACACACCGCUGCCCUCCAUCUCGGCGCUGGGUCUCAACAAAUCCGACGUUUCGGCCAGCCCGUAUAAUGCCUUUUCACCAUUGUCCUACGCAGGGCCGGGGGUGCCUACGCCCCGCGAAUCCCCACUCGACCGCCAUUUGCCGAGCCUUAUACCCCCGAGUCCCUAUACACAUUAUUCUCCAGUGAGUGCUCUGAGCGCGAAGGAUGCGUCCAACAAUCCCUCUCCGGCGUCACAGCCCGCAACAUGGCGUACACCCACGUCGGCCGUCGCACCUACCGCAUUACCUCCGCCCCCUCCGCCAGCGCCAUCAGAGCCGCCGGUGCCCCAAUCGCCUUACGAAAUGUCCCCUGUGACAGCGAAAAGUCCCGCCACCAACUACCCUGCCCCGACUGAGCAGAUCGCUCCCGGCGUAGCGGGUCAAUCGACGUUCAGCGCCAACAUGAUGGCCAAUGGAGUCCCGACUGGAGUAGGCCAUUAUAAGUGUGAACACCCCGGGUGCACUGCAGCGCCGUUCCAAACACAGUACCUUCUCAAGUAA